AUGGCGAGCAAGUCCGACAACAGCCAUGUGCGCCUCGAGGAGUACGCGUCGUCAGGGCUCGCGGUAGAUUCUGAGGACGUAGGCGACACACUCUCUCGUCUGAAGAAUAACCGCUACAUGGAGGCUUUUGACACAGCAUUCGAGGAGCUGGCAGCAGCAGAGGCGGCACGAACAGGCUUUCAAAAACAUGAUCUGACGGCACAGCUGACUGGUGCAUGGGUACAGGGUCCAUGUACGCCAGAAGGCGAAGUACAUGCCGUCUCAGCACAACCACUCAUGUGCAUGAGCAUGAGCGCCGACGAGAGCGAGGUGGUCAUGGGCAGUAGCGAUCAUGCCUUGUACGUCAUUCCAAUAAGCAGCAACUCUUCAUCUUCUGGACGAGCAUCCCGUGGAGCUAGUACUAGUCGUCCAAAGACACUUUACACUAAGAAAUUCGGUCAUACCGAAUGGGUCACAUGCGUCACACACUUGCCGGAUCGACGGAUCGUCAGUGGCGGCAUGGACAGUAAACUGUGUUUAUGGGACGCGACAGGCGUCAAAUGUGAAGACUUGGUGGGGCACAGCGGAUCCGUGUCAUGUGUGCUGAGUCUUAAUGACGAGAUGGUUGUAAGUGUUGGCUAUGACAAGAUGCUGCGGCUUUGGAACGUCAGUCGACGAGCUUCAAGCAGCCAGCGCGAGGUUAGUGGAGUGAAGGUGAGCACCGCUCCAAUACUAGACGUUUCAUUACUUUAUGAGGGCCAGAGGGCUGUUUGUGGUGAUCGCGAUGGAGGCGUGCAGCUUAUCGACCUACAGACGAGUAAAAUCCUCCGUAAACAUGCGAGUGCUCAUCGAGGACACACAACUAGCGUACUGGGUAGCCAAAGUGAGGAGACAGCAAGUUGUUUCUUUUCUGGAGGUCAAGACGGAGCCGUGAGAGUAUGGGAUUCUAGGCAGAAGGAGGCAACACACUCGCUAGAGCUUCACAUCGACCCACGCAGUAGUAAGAAAGGUGCCGUGGGGUUUCUUUGUGAGCCGAAGGAGGACCCGAAUGUGCUUAUUACGGCCGGUGCUGAUGGAGUUAUCAACGUGCUGGACAAGAGACAAUCGUAUGACGUCAUGUACAGCUUCACAGAACACUUGGACUUCAUUUAUUCGCUACAUGUUCGCAGUCAAUUGUGCUUUAGUGGCGCUGGAAACGGUAUGCUUCACGUACACGACUGGAAGACGGGUAAGCUCUUGUAUGGACUUGGAGCAAACGAGGCGGCAGUGAGAGCAAUAGCAGCGUCAAAGAACCAACUGGUUGCUGCAGGAGACGAUGGAGGUGUCAUUGUCUAUGACAUGAAAUGA